UCAUCUGACGCAAUAUGAACUAGUACUUUCACUGCCCAUGAACUAAUUGUGCAUCGAGAUUAAGAUGACAUGGGCAAUGAGCAAGUUAAUUAAAGCUCCAUGUAUACAUCUUACUUUAAUCUGUUACGAAAAAUAAAAUUACACACAAAUAAGGAAAUAUUUAAUAAAAAAAAUUCUUUUUUAAUUGCCGAAAUUGUAAUAUCUAAAUGUUUCUAAAUGGAACUUCUUGCAUAAUAAGAUUACAUUCGCAUUCCUUUAUGUAACGAAUCCGCAAUAGAACACUUAACAUUGAAGAACAAAAUAAAAAGUGAGAGCACUUCCAUUGAACCCGCAAAUACUAUUACGUCCGCCUAUCAACGUUAAGACUUAUAAAAUUUCAACCCAGAUUACUUUUGUGGCGCAAUAACUUCCUAGAAAUAUUUCCGAAAAAUCCCCCACUAACAAAUCACCAAAAAAUAGAGUAUAUAUAGUUCUUGAGUAGAUUCGAAACGGCAGAAACAAACUUGUUCAAUCUCUAAAACCAAACCAACCAACAAUCUAAAAAACAAAUCAUCAUGUUCAAAUUCGCCGUUUUAAGUGUUUUCGCUAUUGCUUUGGUUCAUGGAGCUCCAGGAUAUUCUUCCUAUGAGUCUUCAGGACAUGGUGGAAAAGGUUUCAGUGCAGGAAGUGGAUUAAAAACCAUCGCCCAAAACUCAGCUGAACAAGCCAACAAUGCCGUUGCCAAUCAAUAUACCGCUGGCAAACAAGCCGCUGCUCAAGCUAAAAGUGCUUUAGCUCAAAAUGCCAUCAACGCUGCUUCCGCUGCUCAAGCUGCUCUUGUCGGGAAACAAAUUCUCGUUCAACGUCUCCAACAACAAGCUCAAGAAGCUCAUUUAGCUUUGGAAGGUGAAGUACGUCAAUUGGAACAAGCUCAACGUGCCGCUGAAGCUGCCAGACAAACCGCCGAACAAGCUCAACAACAAAUUAACGCUUUGAAUUCAGCUCUUUCCGCUGCUCAAGGAACCCUCACCCACGCCAACCAAGCCGCCCAAGAAGCCGCUCAAGAAUAUGGAUCUCAAUCCGCUAUGGUCGGUGAAGCCAAACAAAGAUACAACUCUUUAACCGAAGAACUCCACGCCGCUCAAUCCGAUCUUGCUUCUACCGAAGCCGCUGCCCAACAAGCUCAAGCUUCAGCCCAACAAGCUCAAGCCGCUGCUGCCCAUGCUGCUGAAUCUGCUUCCGCUGCUGGACAACAACAACAACAACACGGUGGAUUUGAAAGUGGAUACGGCGGAUAUGAAACUGAAGGAUUAGAUGGUGGAUAUCAUUAUUAAUGAAAAUUAGAUGAAAUGUUUAUUAGGAAAUGUGAUUAUAUAAAUAAAUUUAUUUGAA